AUGGCUAGAGGGAAAACAAGGAAAGGUGGUGGUUCGUUAGUAAAUUCUUUAGAAAAUAAAAUUUUAUCUUUAUUAGAAAGAUUAUUAGAAGAAAAGACUACACAAUUAAAUAAUAGCAAGGUUAGGAAUAAAGAUUCUUCUUCUCAGAAUGAUAAUGGUACCGGUAAUACUAGUAUAGAUAAUGAUGAAGAAGGUGAUUAUGAGGAGGAUGAUUUAUUGUUUUUCGCUAAAGAUUUAAAAUAUGAAGAGAUUUAUUCAUAUAUUUUAACUAAAGAUAUGUCUAUGCAAAGAAUGAAAAAACACUUGAUCCAAAAAUCUAUUGAAAAAGUUUGGAAUGAACUGAUAACCACUGAAGAUGAAGAAUUCAAAGAUUAUCCACAAUACAAUCCUAAGAAUGAUAGUGACAAUACUGAUAAUUUUAUCACUGAGAGUGCAAAUGGAAAAUCCAAAAAUGAUACUAAUAAUAUGAAUAAAGAUAUUAUCGAGCUCUGGAAUGUGAAGAAAAGGCCUACUGUAAGCACAAACACAAAUACAACAAAGAAAAUUAAAAAACAAAAGCUCAAGGAUAGAUCCCCACCUGAUGCAGAUUUGAAAUCAUUAGGUGGUAUGGAUGAUGUAGUAGCACAAUUAAUGGAGUUGGUAGGGUUACCUAUCUUACAUCCUGAAAUAUUUUUGACAACAGGUAUUGAACCACCAAGAGGUGUGUUAUUGCAUGGUCCUCCUGGUUGUGGUAAAACAUCUAUCGCUAAUGCUUUAGCUGGAGAAUUAAAAGUUCCUUUUAUAUCAGUAUCAGCUCCAUCGGUAGUUAGUGGAAUGUCGGGUGAAAGUGAAAAAAAGAUUAGAGAUCUUUUUCAAGAGGCUAAGCAGAUAGCACCAUGUUUAAUAUUUUUCGAUGAAAUUGAUGCAAUUACUCCAAAGAGAGACGGUGGAGCACAGAGAGAAAUGGAAAAAAGAAUUGUUGCACAACUUUUAACCUCUCUAGAUGAGUUAACCCUUGAAAAUACCAAUGGUAAACCGGUUAUCGUUCUGGGUGCCACCAAUAGGCCUGAUUCUUUAGAUCCCGCUUUAAGACGUGCAGGAAGAUUCGAUCGUGAAAUAUGUUUGAAUGUACCAAAUGAAAUAUCUAGACUACAUAUCUUAAAAAAACUUUCAUCCUCCUUAAAGAUUGAUGGUCAAAUAGAUUUUAACAAGUUGGCUAAAUUAACUCCAGGUUUUGUUGGUGCAGAUUUGAAAGCCUUAACCACUGCUGCUGGUACAUGUGCUAUAAAGCGUAUCUUUAAAAACUAUUCUUUAUCGAAAAAUUCUCAACUAAAUGAUGAGGACAUGGAUAUAGACACCAAUUCUGAAAAAAAUACUGCAAAUUUGAUAGAUCCGUUACCUUUAUCAAUCAUAACUGAUUUUAUCAACACUUUCCCAGAACCAUUAAAUGAUGAACAAUUAAAACAAUUAUCAAUUACGUACGAAGACUUCCUAAAAGCAUUACCAACAAUUCAACCAACUGCUAAAAGAGAAGGUUUCGCCACAGUUCCGGAUGUGACUUGGAAUAAUGUUGGUGCCCUAUCAAACAUUAGGGUUGAAUUGAAUAUGGCUAUUGUUCAACCUAUCAAGAGACCUGAAUUAUACGAGAAAGUGGGUAUUAAUGCACCAGCUGGUGUUCUUCUGUGGGGUCCACCAGGUUGUGGUAAGACACUUCUUGCAAAAGCAGUGGCUAAUGAAUCUAGAGCAAAUUUUAUAUCCAUUAAAGGUCCCGAGUUAUUAAACAAAUACGUGGGUGAAUCAGAACGUGCAAUUAGACAAGUCUUUACAAGAGCAAGAGCUUCAGUCCCAUGUAUUAUAUUCUUUGAUGAAUUAGAUGCUUUAGUUCCUAGAAGAGAUACGUCUAUGUCUGAAUCGUCAUCUCGUGUUGUUAACACAUUAUUGACCGAAUUAGAUGGGUUAAAUGAUAGAAGAGGUAUUUUUGUAGUGGGUGCAACAAAUAGACCUGACAUGAUUGAUCCAGCCAUGCUAAGACCGGGGAGAUUAGAUAAAACGUUAUUUAUAGAAUUACCUAAUAGAAAUGAGAAAUUUGAUAUAUUAAAGACUAUAAUCAAGUCUAAUGGUACACCAGUUGCGGAAGAUGUGAAUUUAGAAAAUAUUAUUGAUGAUGAAAGAGUGCGGAAUUUCUCUGGUGCUGAUUUGGCAUCAUUAGUAAGAGAAAGUUCGGUAUUGGCAUUGAAAAGACGUUUCUUUAAGAACAACGAAAUACAAUCAGUUGGUGAAAAUGAUUUAGAUAAAGAAUUUGAAGAUUUAAGUGUUGGUUUUGAUGAUCAUCAAAUUGUUGUUGGAGUUGAAGAUUUCCAUCAUGCGUUACAAAAAAUCAAGCCAUCAGUAAGUGAUAAAGAUAGGAUAAAAUAUGAUAGAUUAAACAAGAAAAUGGGAUGGAAUGAUGAUGUGCAAUUGGUUACGGAUACUACUGACAAUAGUACUAAAUAA